UCUGUCUGGGUUGUCUUUAUGCACCUGCAAAGCCCAUUUUCAAGGUUGCGUUUCCUGUUUAUCUUCAUCGAGAUUGACAGCGGAUUAAGAAUGCUGCUGCUUCUGAGUUGUGUUAUAAUUGCAGGUAUGGCAGCAGACGGUCCACCAAAGACGCACUACCGAGUGAAGAACAGCUCAAUAUGUCUACAAGUUGGAAAAUCAGCAACACUUAAUGUUGAAUGGAGUUAUUAUGAUAAAUUAAUUGUUUUCCAGAAUAUCAUCACACCCAAUUACACAGACAAAGUUGAUUACAAUCCAAGCAAUCACACGUUGUGUCUAAAAAAACUGACUGAAAAAGACAGUGGUGAAUAUAAAGCUUUAAUCGUUGAUUCCAAAUAUGAAAAAUCAACUGAGACCAACCAUUUAAUUGUUCAAGAAUCUGUUCCCAAACCAGUUAUCAGGAUGUCAGUAAUGGGCUCCAACCUGUCUGUUGGAUUCUGCAACAUAUCCAUCAACUGCUCUGUCCUGGACGAGUGGCUGUGGGCUGUUUGCCAUGAAGACAGGUGCAGACCAUUUAAGAGAUCCUUCAGUGAAGUCAACAUCACAAUUUUGGCUCACAACAGAUCUGUUGUCUGCAGUGGACACAACCAAGUCAGCAACAGCAAAGUCUCUAAAAGCAUCGACGCAACAUGCUAUAGUAAACGGACAAAUAAACAUGAAGAGAAAUCAUCACCAUCCGGACAAAUAGUAAUUGUAAUAGCAGUUGCCGUAGGUGUAAUUCUCUGUGCAUUUAUUGGCUUUUUGAUUAAGAGACUCUGUUGGACAGAAUAUAAUGGACAUCAGACAUCUACUGCUCAGUUAAUACAGAGCCAGCCAAUCGAGGCCCAGUCACCACCUGUGAGCAGCGAGUCACCCUCUUCUUCUACUCAACCUGAUGUGUCUUAUGAAAAUGUGGAGGCAGCGGAGCCAAGUCAGAUAAACCAUCCAACCAGCCACCCAAAGGAGGAGUUGGGAUCAAAGGAAAGCCAGGCAGUGGAUACUGUCUACAGCGUUCUACAGUUGCCACGUGUGACUGACUCGCUUGGAAACAGUGACAGAGAAAAUACAACAAAAGUAGAUGACACGAUACAAGAGUCAUCAACUUCAUCUGUCACUCUUGGGCAAAUUGACACAGUGUACAGCACUUUGCAAAAGCCAAAGACAUAAACAUGACAAGUUUGAAAAGCUUGACUGAGAGUACGAUAUAAAUUCAGAAUAAUGAUAUGGACAUUCCUGUGGUACUAAAAACUUGAAUACGUCAUGGAUUGUUUUCAACCGCAUUUUUUAAAUAAUUGGAUGUGAUGUAUGGGUACGGUAUGACUAUUUUUUUAAAGGUUAUAUUGGGGCUUGUUAUUUUAGUUUUUUUUUUAUUUGUAUUUUAAUGAUUGAAGAAUGGGAUUUUCUGGAUUUUUCUGGCAUCCUGGAUCUCUUAAACUAAAACUGUUAUCAAUGUGAGUCAUGCACAUCUAUUUUGAGUAUUUGAGCCCCACAAUCAUUUAUCUUUCUUCAAUUUUGAUUGCGCGUCCUUUUUUUUUAUACUCAUGCUUUAUAACUCUCUGCUUGCCCUUAGCUUUUUUUUAUGACCAUGCCUUUUAAAAUUCUAUAGCACUUCAAGAUUUGAUUUGAUGAAAAGUGCGCUACAAAUAAAAUGUAUUAUUAUUAA